CUGAACACCAAGCCUUUCAAGAUGGUCCUCCUCAGCAUCCUUAGAAUUCUUCUUUGGGGACUGGUGCUUUUUAAGGAACAUAGGGUCCAAAUGGCAAACACAGGGCAGCCCUCUGCUGCCCUCCUAGCUGAGGCCCCUACCUUGCCCCUGAUUUGGAAGCUGCUGGAAGAAGCCCCUGAUAAGCAGCAGAGAAAGCCACAGGCCCUAGGGCAUCCCAUGCAGUACAUGCUGGAGUUGUACCAGCGUUCAGCUGAUGCACAUGGGCACCCUAGGGAAAACCGCUCCAUUGGGGCCACCAUGGUGAGGCUGGUGAGGCCCUUGGCCAAUGUAGCAAGGCCUGUCAGAGGCCCCUGGCAUAUACAGACACUGGAAUUUCCUCUGAGACUAAACCAGGUAGCAUACCAACUAGUCAGAGCCACUGUGGUUUACCGCCAUCAAUUCCACCUAGCCGGCUUCCACCUCUCCUGCCAUGUGGAGCCCUGGGUCCAGAAAAGCCCAACCAAACACUUUCCAUCCUCAGAAAGAGGUUUUCCAAAACCUUCCUUACUAUCCAGUGCUUGGACAGAGAUGGAUAUCACACAACAUGUUCGGCAAAGGCCCUGGAAUCACAAGGGGCUCAGGGUUCUACAACUCCGCUUCAUGUGUCAACGGCAAAAUGGUAGUGAAGGUCUUGAGCUCCUGUGGCAUGGCACCUCAUCCUUGGAUACUGCCUUCUUGUUACUUUACUUCAAUGACACUUAUAAAAGUGUUCAGAAGGCCAAACUUCCCAAAGGCCUUGAAGAGUUUAUGGAAAAGGACUCUUCUCUUCUCUUGCAGAGGGCCCGGAGAGCAGGCAAUAUCACAUCUAAGAUUCCUGGCCCCUCCCAGGAGCAUGACGGGCCAAAAAGUAACCAGUGUUCCCUCCACCAUUUCCAAGUCAGUUUCCACCAACUGGGCUUAGAUCACUGGAUCAUUGCUCCCAAUCUCUAUACCCCAAACUACUGUAAGGGUGCCUGCCCUCGGGUACUACACUAUGGUCUCAAUUCUCCCAAUCACGCCAUCAUCCAGAACCUUGUCAAUGAGCUGGUGGACCAGAGUGUCCCUCAGCCCUCCUGUGUCCCUUAUAAGUAUGUUCCCAUUAGCAUUCUUCUGGUUGAGGCAAAUGGGAGUAUCUUGUACAAGGAGUACGAGGAUAUGAUUGCCCAGUCCUGCACAUGUAGGUGA